AUGAUGCUGAACAGUGGAAGUACGUGGGCUAUUGUGGCCCUGGCCAGUGUGCUGGCACUGGCACAGGCUUCUACGAUCCGCGACGUGAUUGCGUGGCGUGCCGGCAACGGACCACAGCCGCUCGAUAUCUCCAAGCUGACCGCUGAAAUCGUCGUCAACGAUGGGUACCUCCUCGAGGAGCACCAGGUGACGACGGCCGAUGGUUACAUUCUGACCAUGUUCCGCAUCCCUGGCAGUCCGGCCAAUCCUCCACGCAACGGCAAGCACGUCGCUUUUGUUCAGCACGGUCUGCUCUGUUCGUCGGCCGAUUGGGUUAUUCUGGGGCCGGGCAAGGCUCUCGCUUACAUGCUCGUUGACGCUGGAUACGACGUGUGGCUGGGUAACGCCCGUGGUAACACCAACUCGCGGCGCCACAUCUUCCACGAUCCGGAUGCGCGCAAUACGGACUUCUGGGACUUUAGUUGGCACGAGAUCGGAUAUUUCGAUCUACCGGCCAUGAUCGACUACGCGCUCGGGCACACCGGACAAACGUCGCUGCAGUACGCCGGUCACUCGCAGGGCACCACUUCUUUCUUCAUCAUGACGUCACUGCGGCCGGAGUACAAUCAGCGUAUCCGGUCGAUGCAUGCCCUUGCCCCGGUCGCCUUCAUGAGCAACCUGCGGUCACCGUUCGUGCGUGCGUUUGCCCCCUUCGUGGACUCGCUCGAUUGGAUUAUGCGUAUGUUGGGUGUGAACGAAUUUCUGCCCAGCAGUGACAUGAUGACGCUCGGCGGCCAGCUGCUGUGCCGCGACCAGGCCCUCUUCCAGGAGGUGUGCGCCAACGUGCUCUUCCUGAUUGGCGGCUUCAACUCACCCCAGCUGAACCGCACCAUGCUGCCGACCAUUCUGUCGCACACUCCGGCGGGCGCCUCCGUCAAUCAGCUGAUCCACUACGCGCAAGGCUACAACUCGGGCCGCUUCCGUCAGUACGACUACGGACUCGCCCUCAACCUCAUCCGCUACGGUUCCAUCAGCCCACCGAACUAUCCGCUGAACCGCGUGACCGCCCCGGUGGCGCUCCAUUACGGUGACAACGAUUGGCUGGCGGCGGUGGUCGAUGUGCGUGAGCUGCAUGCCGCCAUCAGCAACUCGAUCGGUCUGUUCCGGGUGUCGGAUCCCAACUGGAACCAUCUCGACUUCACCUGGGCCAUCGAUGCGGACUCGCUGGUCUAUCGGCGCGUCAUCAGCUUCAUGGAUCGAUAUAACUGA